UUCAGUAUACAGAAAACUAAAACAUUUAUUAGUAAUGGUUCGAUAUUUGUUAGGAUUUGUUAUGGCUGCUUCAACAGUAGCUUAUAUGUCUGCACAAACGCCAAAACCUUACAUUAUUAUUAAUACAAUUGACAUAAAAAAUGCACCUAAUAACAAUUGGUUCGGCACAUGGAAAGGUGUAAUUGAAUCUGGUGGUGAAAUACUUAGUGUUGACUCGCCUGUUUUACGGGACCUCCCAGAUGACACAAUGAUAGCAGUAAUAGUUGAAUUAUCUGGACAAGUUGUACUCGACUUUAAAUCAACCGUCUGUGACGCUUUAGAGGACGAGUCAUUUGGAAAAGAAAUUGUAAAAUAUGCAGAACCAAAAGGACAGUUUCCAGAAGAGUGUCCAUUUAUUAAGGGGGAAGACUUCAAAAUAAAGAAAUAUGAAAUACCUCAAGAUAAACUUCCACAAAACACUCAACCGGGAGCAAUGCACGCUGAAGUGAAGAUCUAUACUGUCUCUGAAGAUGAUCCGGAAAUAUUCCUGGUUGCUGAUGGUGAAAUUAUUCUCAAAUGAGCUCCGUUAAUUUUCUUUUGUUUUUCUUAUUAUGAAUUGUUAUUGUAUGUACAGAUGUAGCUAUCAUCACGUAUAAAUAAUCGAUUACGCUGUUUUUACAAUUAUUUACCUAUGCAUAAUUUCUCUUGUUUAGUAAAUAAAUAAAUCAUUCGCACAUGAUAAUGAACAA